AUGCGCCUCAGACACAGCUGCAGCAUCAUACACAUGCGCCUCAGACACAGCUGCAGCAUCAUGCACAUGCGCCUCAGACACAGCUGCAGCAUCAUGCACAUGCGCCUCAGACACAGCUGCAGCAUCAUGCACAUGCGCCUCAGACACAGCUGCAGCAUCAUACACAUGCGCCUCAGACACAGCUGCAGCAUCAUACACAUGCGCCUCAGACACAGCUGCAGCAUCAUACACAUGCGCCUCAGACACAGCUGCAGCAUCAUACACAUGCGCCUCAGACACAGCUGCAGCAUCACACACAUGCGCCUCAGACACAGCUGCAGCAUCAUACACAUGCGCCUCAGACCAGCUGCAGCAUCAUACACAUGCGCCUCAGACACAGCUGCAGCAUCAUACACAUGGCCUCAGACACAGCUGCAGCAUCAUACACAUGCGCCUCAGACACAGCUGCAGCAUCAUACACAUGCGCCUCAGACACAGCUGCAGCAUCAUCACAUGCGCCUCAGACACAGCUGCAGCAUCAUACACAUGCGCCUCAGACACAGCUGCAGCAUGCAUACACAUGCGCCUCAGACACAGCUGCAGCAUCAUACACAUGGCCAGCCUGCAGACACAGCUGCAGCAUCAUACACAUGCGCCUCAGACACAGCUGCAGCAUCAUACACAUGCGCGCUGCAGCACACGCUGCAGCAUCAUACACAUGCGCCUCAGACACAGCUGCAGCAUCAUCACAUGCGCCUCAGACACAGCGCUACACAUGCCCUCAGACACAGCUGCACAACACAUGCCCUCAGACACAGCUGCGCCUCAGACACAGCUGCAGACAUAGCGCUCAGACACAGCUGCAGCAUCAUACACAUGCGCCUCAGACACAGCUGCAGCAUCAUACACAUGCGCCUCAGACACAGCUGCAGCAUCAUACACACGCCUCAGACACAGCUGCAGCAUCAUCACAUGCGCCUCAGACACAGCUGCAGCAUCAUCACAUGCGCCUCAGACACAGCUGCAGCUCAUACACAUGCGCGCCUCAGACACAGCUCAGCGCAGCAUCAUCACAUGCGCCUCAGACACAGCUGCAGCAUCAUCACAUGCGCCUCAGACACAGCUGCAGCAUCAUCACAUGCGCCUCAGACACAGCUGCAGCAUCAUACACAUGCGCCUCAGACACAGCUGCAGCAUCAUACACAUGCGCCUCCGCUGAGUCACACAUGCGCCUCAGACACAGCUGCAGCAUCAUACACAUGCGCCUCAGACACAGCUGCAGCAUCAUACACAUGCGCCUCAGACACAGCUGCAGCAUCAUACACAUGCGCCUCAGACACAGCGCGCAUCAUACACAUGCGCCUCAGACACAGCUGCAGCAUCACACACAUGCGCCUCAGACACAGCUGCAGCAUCAUACACAUGCGCCUCAGACACAGCUGCAGCAUCAUACACAUGCGCCUCAGACACAGCUGCAGCAUCACACACAUGCGCCUCAGACACAGUGCAGCAUCAUACACAUGCGCCUCAGACACAGCUGCAGCAUCAUACACAUACGCCUCAGACACAGCUGCAGCAUCAUACACAUGCGCCUCAGACACAGCUGCAGCAUCAUACACAUGCGCCUCAGACACAGCUGCAGCAUCACACACAUGCGCCUCAGACACAGUGCAGCAUCAUACACAUGCGCCUCAGACACAGCUGCAGCAUCAUACACAUACGCCUCAGACACAGCUGCAGCAUCAUACACAUGCGCCUCAGACACAGCUGCAGCAUCAUACACAUGCGCCUCAGACACAGCUGCAGCAUCAUACACAUGCGCCUCAGACACAGCUGCAGCAUCACACACAUACGCCUCAGACACAGCUGCAGCCAUGGAUCUAG